AUGAAGCUCAUAAUUCCAGAGCUGGUUAGCUUUCUGCUCCAGAUACCUGGGCCCCAGAAUGCUAUGGCCAUUCACAAAGCUGAUAAGGUCCUUGUAGAGCAAAAAAAGGAUGCGGUCGGCGGCAAAUCGUUCGACCCAACCGUUAAAAAAGGCAGCGAAUUCUUUCACCCCAACCUUGAGAUAAAAGCAGUACUUCCAGAAGCAACAUCUGAGGAGGAAGAUUCAAGAACGGUAGCAGGAUUUUUCUUUGGCGCCAUUCUCUCAGAGUUUCUCUACGCACAAGAAUUCGAAAUUUGA